UGCAGAUGACCACGCCCGGAUAAGUUUACAAGAAAUACCUCAGGGGUUUACCACAGAUUAUAUCAAUGCUAAUUAUAUUGAUGGGUUUUGUAAAUCAAAAGAAUAUAUUGCAACUCAGGGUCCCCAGUACAGAAUUGCAGCUGCUUUUUGGCAAAUGGUGUGGCAAGAACAGGUUCGGUGCAUUGUCAUGGCAACAGGACUAUUUGAACAUGCAACUCAACAAUGUGAUAAAUACUGGGAAGACAUCGUCAAUGACUACGGUCAGGUGAAACAUGGUAAGAUAACAAUACGUACCAUAAACACAGUGUCUAUAGCUCACCUCACCAUACGUACCCUGCAAAUAUGUAAGGAAGGAGAUCCUGGUUGCCGGAUCAUCGAACAUUUCGAGAUGUCAAGCUGGGAGAUGGACGACACCAUUGACGCGGGGGUCAUUUUAGAUUCCCGGCGACGGAUUCUCAAGUAUAUGGAUUCUUCUUCAGGCCCUUUGCUCGUGCACUGCAGGAUUUAA